CCGAAUUCCAAAUCCGACGUGCGUCCCCUCGUUGAGGCGGCAUUUACGAAGUUCGAUGACACCUGCCACCCGCCGAGCCAUUUCUGCCGCCGUGACAGGCUUUGUCGCGGAUGCCGCGUCCAUGCCACUGCACUGGAUCUACGACCCGAACGAGCUCGCGUCUCUCGUCGCCGGCGGCAAGGACCCAGCGUUCUUUUCGCCGCCCGCGUCGAAGUUCUACGACUACCCGUUGGGUAACUUGUCUCCGUAUGGCGAUGAAAUCGUGUCGCUGGCGCAGUACCUGGCGUCCCACUGCACGUUUGUCGCUACCGAGUAUACCUCUGCAUCGUACGACGCGAUGAAGGCAUACACGGGCCGCCUCAACGGCGUCAUGCGCGACUUCAUUGGGAACGUAGAAGCUGGCAAAGUAUACCCCAACGUGGCAAGCGACCACCCCGACACGCAAGGUCUGAACAAAGUGCCACUGCUCGUGGCUCGAUUCGCCGGCGACCCCAACUUGCUUUCGAUUGUGCGCGACGCCGUCCAGGUGCAUCAACACCCCGCCAUUGCCAUUGAAACGGCGGUCGCCGGCGCGGCCAUCUUGGAACAGAUUGUCCUGCACGGAACGACGGUUCGAAGCGCCAUCGAAAGCGCCGCGACCAAUUCCGCAAUUGAUGCAUCGAUCCGUGACAUUGUAACAAGCGUGCUGGCUGACGUCGCCAUGUCGCAAGAUGUUUCGGCCGCCAUCAACAAAUACGGCAAGUCGUGCCCGUUGCCAGGCGCCUUCUACGGGAUCCUGUUUGUACUGCUGGCGAACGAUGGCGCCGUCGACAAGUCUAUUCAAUCCAAUAUCUUGGCAGGCGGUGAUAACGCCGGUCGGUCCAUCUUCAUCGGAGCUGUCACGGCGGCGGCAGCUCCUGGCGGGACCAUUCCUCAACCAUGGACGGCGGCCACAACCAGAUACACCGAGCUCCACUCGCUCGUCACGUCAAUCGUGUCCAAGAACACGGCGUUGUCUGCUAGUACGACCUGAGCAGUCUUCAUCUCCAAGAAGUUCCUAUUGCCAAUGUCUUACUUCACUCGUGACCUUCAUGGAUUUGCAACGCCAUUGUCUGGAAUCGAAGGCGGCAUGAACACUGACGGAUCGAAAGAAAUGCGCCAGCUUCGACACACGAAGGAUAGAGCUG